AUGCCUAAAAAUGCUCAAAAUAAAGAAGAUAUUAAAAUUAUCAAAAUUACUGAAAAUGGUGUUCUCUUAUCUGAGGAAGAUUUUAAAUUAUUAGUUCAAAAAAUUGAUGAUAUGGAAUUUACAAUUGAAAAAAACCAAAAUGAAAUUGAACAUCUACUUGAGUCAAGUGAUGUUUAUUUAACAGUUCAAAAUAACUUAAGAAAAAGUAGAUGA